AUGAAGUUCCUCGCUGGUGUAUUGGCAUUCGUAGCUGCCCUCGCCGGGCAUGCCGCCGCCGGGUCAGUACUGGAGAUGUACGAGUCCCAGUAUCCCACGUGCGCUCUGGCUUGCAUGUUGAAGACGGUCCCUUCGUCCGGAUGUCUCAAUGGCACGGAUAUCGAACAAGUCACCUGCCUCUGUACCAACGAGGCCCUCCAGGCCGAGAUCACUGAGUGUGUUCUGGGAGGCUGUACGAUAUACGAGGGUCUAAUGACCAAGAACACGACUCUGACCAUGUGCGGCGCCAAACCCCGCGACGAAAGUCUCACUCCGCUACUCGUCGGUGUCGUUGGCGGCGCCAUCGCCCUCCUGGUCUUCAUCUUGCGUAUGUGCUCGACCCUUCCCUCGGGAGGUCGUGUGCUAGGCUGGGACGACUGGACCAUAGCUAUCGCCGUGGUCUUGGCUGUGCCGCCCACUGUCUUCUCAGUCUUGUUAUCGAACAAUGGACUGGGGAAGGACAUGUGGACCCUUCCUCUCAAGAACAUCGAGAACGUCCUCUUUUAUUACUAUCUUGGAGAGAUCUUCUACUUCGCUUCGCUCUCUGUGAACAAGAUAUCCCUGCUGCUGUUCAUCCUCCGGGUGUUCCCCGAGAAGAAGUUCCGCAGAAUCGUCUUCAUUGUCUGCGGCCUGUGCGUCGGCUACGGAGCGGGCUUCAUCUUCGCAACAAUCUUCCAAUGCAGCCCUGUCGACUACUCGUGGCUGCAGGUCGACAGCACGGUAGCAGGGCAUUGCAACAACAUCAACCUCCAGGGGUGGAUGUCGGCCAUUUGCAACAUAUUACUUGACCUCUUGAUCAUCGCUCUUCCCUUGAGGAACCUCUAUCAUCUCCAGAUUAAUUUCAAGACAAAGAUCAUGAUCAUGUUCAUGUUUUCUCUGGGUAUCUUUGUCACCGUUGUUAGUGUGGUCCGACUACGCUCUCUGAUCCUGUUCGCGAGCACCCAGAACCCCACAUGGGACUACAACGAAGCUGCUUGGUGGAGUACAAUCGAGCUCCACGUAGGCAUCAUAUGCGCCUGCCUUCCGAGUCUACGCUCACUGUUCGUCAACCUCGGUCUUCGCAUUCUCGGUUCCAGCAAUGGUCAGUCCAAGGCUACUGGCUACGCGACGGGCACCAUGAGUCGGGGCGGAGGAAGUCGCCUUGCUGGUCACCUGGCAAACGAGAAACAGGCACCAGCACAGAGCACCCCAAAGCGUGGCGACGAGAGCGACUUCAUCCCGCUGGUCGACGUUCCCGAGACCAAGAUACACAGGGAGUUCACCACGGUUAUUGAGGAGUCGGACUCGAAUGACAGUUUCGAUUCCCGGAAGAGCGGGUAUCAAGCCCGGGCGUACAGGUGA